CUCUCUUCCCACUUCCCCUCAUUCUUUCUCUCUCCACGAUUAAAACCCUAAUUUUGCACCGUCUCAAUUUCCUCUUUCCCUCUUCGCUCCCUCGCUCUCUGCUUCUCUGAGUAUUCUUCAUUCCGAUGGCGGCGGAAGGGAACGAGAAUCGCUACGAAAACGGAACCGGAGGCAAGUUCCGCAAACGCCUCUUCGGCAGGACCAAAACGACGCCGUACGACCGUCCUCCGGCCCCAACACCCCUCAGAAACCCUAACAGGAACAACGGUUGGUUCUCGAAGCUGGUGGUGGAUCCCGCUCACAGGCUCAUCACUCACAGCGCUCACUCCCUCUUCUCCUCUCUUUUCCGCAAGCGCCUUACACAUACCCCUCAUUCUUCAGAAACACAAAAGGAGGUGCAAGACAAUCAUCAAGAAGAAGCUGCCUUUGUUGCAAUCAACUCCUCUGGCAAGCAACAGGGAGCAGUUGGUGAAAGUGAUGUUCAAAUUAAUUGUUCUGAUGGAAGUGGAUUAACUGAACUUGAGAAGCUAUUGAAGCAGAAGACUUUUACCAGAUCUGAGAGGGAUCAACUGACUGCACUUAUGCGUUCAAGAACUGUGGGUGAACCCGUUAGGGAAGAAGAGAAGAAGACAGAAAUGGUUCCCUCAGAACCAUUUUUGCCUUUUAGAGAAAAGGAGGAAUAUCCCAAAACACCUGCACUGGAAAAUGGGAUUGAAAACCAUCUUGUUAAAACUCCAGAUAUUUUUACUUCCAGUGUUCCUACUGAGGAUUUUGCUUCACCUGCAGCGCUUGCAAAGGUUUACAUGGGGAGUAGGAAUUCCAAGGUAUCCUCAUCAAUGUUAGGCAUGCGGAAUCCUGCGCUUGGGGAGGAUUCAACUCCUCUAAAAAGUGAAAACCUUAGUCUUAAAUCCCCUAUUAUGUCGAUUGUGCCAAGGGCUACUAGGCAUGCUGCAGUUCAUGAAAAUGGUCGUGUGACCUCAAGAUCUUAUGGCAGAUCUGCAAUAUAUAGUAUGGCCCGAACACCGUACUCUAGAAUUUGUCCAACCUCUACUCUCAAGGGUGGGGUGCUUGCUAUUGAAGGUGGGCCGUCAUCUUCAACUCAGUCUGCAUUAGAUCAUGGCAUGCUUUCUGUAUCUAAACAAAGGGCGGUAAAGCGUAGAAGCUUAGCUUUGGAUAGUGAUAUAGGAUCUGGUGGUCCUAUACGCCGAGUCCGUCAAAAGUCUAAUAAAGGCUCAAGCUUACCUCUUUCUGGUAGUUCUCUAUCUUUUACUAAGAGUGGCUUGGGUAUUGAUGCUGCUCAGCAACCCUCAUCUUCCAUGCAAAAGCCUAAGUUUCUGGAUGAAGUGAAGCACAACCAUAUGAAAUUGUCAGAGCAAAAUGGUUAUGACACUGUACCUAGUAUGAGCCUCACCCCUUCACGCUCAAUAUCCAGUGAGACAGCUUCAAAAAUACAGCAGCAACUUGAUAGGUUGGUUUCGCCGCCUAAAGAAAAAUCAUCUGAAUUAAGGCUACAAAGUGCAUACAAUAACCCACCAAUGAAGUUGUCGCCUUCCAUGCUGCAUGGACAAGCUCUUCGAAGCAUGGAAAUGGUAGAUUCGUCAAAACUGCUGGACAAUUUACAAAGUAAUAAAUCAGAUGGCACAUUGGAAAAUUCGUCAGCUACAGCUCAGAAGCAGAAGUUAACAUCAAAUAGUACAUUGAAGCCUUCCAAUGAAUUACUACCAGCUGUAACAUCUGCAUGUGCUACAAAUUCUAGUAAUCAAGUCUUAUGUGAUGCAAAAUCUGUGGAUUCUUAUAUGAUAAAUUCUGUUUCUUACCCUCCACAAAAGAAGAGGGCAUUUCGUAUGAGUGCACAUGAGGAUUCUCUGGACCUGGAUGGUAUUGAUGACGCUUAUCCUGAUGGAGCUGUCUAUUCUUUUUCUCCAUUAGAGAAAGAAACAACAAGCUCCACUGUCAUGGCAGAGAAAAUUUCCUCUGGUACUGGAGCCAUUGCAAAGGAGAAUCCUUCUACUGUAAUGCCAUCCAAAAGUUUUACAACAGUUGAUGAAGCUCAUGUCCAGUCAGCUUAUGGGCCUAGGUUUGGUGAGAAGGUCAACGGAUCAACAUCUAUCACAUCAUCUAUGUCUGGACCAACCUAUACAUCAAGUGCAUCAGCUACACGGACAAAUUUUGGUUUCGACAAGUCUGAUUCGCCAAAUGGGUCAAUUGCUAAUCCUCCCCAGUUUAAUUUUGGGAAUAAAGCAGUUUUGUCAACAGGGUUAAUGUCUACUAGUGCUCCAUCAAAUGAGAUAACCAAUUCAGGCCCAAUAUUUGGCUCAUCAACUGAGCCUGGUGCUGAUGGUCCUCCGCUGAACUUCGGCACCAGUAAAAAUAUUGAUGAGGUUCCACCAAUGACAUUUACUGCUUCAACGCCAGUUCGUAAUGAAUCUACAUUUAUGACAUCUGGUACUUCUGAUUCCAAGCCAGGAAGCUCAAUCAGCCCAACUAGUGUUGCUGGUGUAAAUGAUUCUUUGCUUAAAGUUCGUGGAUUUAAUAAUGGUGAUGCUAAGACUAAUGUGGAUACUGGAUCAUCUGUUCGGGCAUCAGAACUAGCUGUUUCAUCUUCAAGCCCUUCAAUUCCUGCUUCGUUUCCAUCUCUUGUAUCAAAUAAUUUUACCAGUCAGGAUAUAUUCAGUAGUUCGUCCCUGGCAACAAGCUGCGGCAGUAGUGCCACUGCAGCUUCUGCUGGCAGUAGCGUGACAUCUAUUACUUCUGCCAUGUUUGGGUCAAGUAAUAAUGGUUCCUCUAUUCCAGCGGUUGCAACUUCAUCUUCUACAACUUCCUUUUUCAAAUUUGGAUCCUCUCCUAUCCCAUCAGCAGGUUUACCUCUGUCAUCUUCUGGCUCAGAACCACUAGAAACCAAGAGCAAGCAAGAUGCAGGAAGUGGUAGUCUUAGCAGCACUGUCUUUGGUAGCACAUCUGCUGCGGUUGGAAGCUCAGGGAGUGGCAUUUUUGGGUUUAGCUCUUCACCAGUGGCAAAUGUAACUAGCCAACCUCAGGGUUCUGUGAAUGGUACCCAGGCAUCAGCUGGUUCCAGUGGAUUUGCAACUUCUACUCAAACCCAGUCAGUUCCAUUUGGUUCAUCUGCAUCAUCCCCAUCUUUUGGGCUGAGUGGUAAUACCGCUUUUUCUUCAGGGACGUCAUUUCCUUCUUCAAGUUCUGCCACAAAUACAGCUUUUUCUUCUGGGAGUUCCUUGUUUUCUUCAAGUUCUUCCACAGGUAUUUUCAAUUCUGCUACAACUUUUGGACUCGGUACCUCUGCUUCCUCUUCAGCAGCCAAUUCUUUUAGCUCAAAUAGUGGUACAAGUUCUACUUUGUUUGCAUCUAGUUGGCAGCCGAGCACGUCUCCGUUUGGUUCCACAUUUAGUUCAUCAUCUUCAUCUGGGUUUUCCUUCGGAGCAUCCACUGCUUCUACCAUUUCACCCACGACGACUUCAUCAGCUCCUCAAUUCUCCUUCACUUCAGCUGCAGCCACUACCUCCACGCAGCCUGCUUUUGGAAGUACCAAUUCUGUUUUCACAUUUGGUUCAGCACCAGCUCCAGUUAAUAAUAAUCAGAUGACUAUGGAGGAUAGUAUGGCUGAGGACACAUUUCAACCGGCUCCACCGGCGGCAACUCCUAUAUUUGGUCAACAACCUAUAUUUGGUCAACAACCUCCUGUACCAGUUCAAUCAAAUUUUGUAUUUGGAGGAUCAACUCCAUCAGGAACCAGUCCUUUCCAGUUUGGUGGUCAACAGAGUAUUGCUCCACAGAACCCUUCUCCAUUUCAGGCUUCUGGCAGUCUUGAUUUUAAUGCUGGAGGGAGUUUCUCAUUGGGCUCUGGUGGUGGUGACAAGUCGGGUCGAAAAAUAUUGAGGGUUAAACAUAAACAGCGCAAGAAGUAAGAAUAUGACCAUCGUUGAUGAAAAUGGUUUCUUUCUAUCACUGCUGUAGGCUACAAUUCAGUAGUGCAACAAAUAAAUAAGCCCUGAAGAGGAAUGCUGAAUAUUGCUGUUCACUUAGCAAUCAGGACAAAAGUGAUGCUAUUGCAAACAGCAUAUGCAAAUUGCAACUUUGGUGUUCACCCUCCAUAUUCUUAGCGAAUACGAGGCAUAAGUAUUCCCAAUUUUGAUAUAGUAUGAUGUGAUGGAACAUAAUGUGCUCUACAUGUAAUGGUUUUAGGUCCUAGAGUUCAUGAUUUGGUCAGUUGUGAUGUUCCCAAAGGUCAUUGUAUUCUCCCUACUUGUAACAUACCCAGAAUUAGGUAUGAAUUUAUAGCUUACCUGGUUGUAAUUUUACAGUUCCAGCGACCAACCUGUGAAAUGAUUCUUAUCUUGUUUUGUGAUAUGCUUUUCAUGAGUUAUUGAUA